AUGUGUUUUAAUGGAUCGUCGAACGGUGGACCUGAUUUUGGUAUUGGGGAACUUGUGGAGGAGUUCUCCAACCUGUCUUCGUACACACCGCCUCCUACGCCGGCUGCUACUUCAUGCACAGAGAUCCCGAGUGAAAAUGCUGGUGCAGCUUUCGCUUUGAGCGAUUCAUCAAAUGCUGCUAAUGCCUUCCCGAAAACUUUUGCCGCACCACUUUUGAAGUCUCUUGGCGACCAAUUACGCCCGACAUUGUCUAGCAGUGUGCCCGUGUUCAGUAGUGCCAGUACGAACUUUGUCGGUGUGGUACAGCUGUCGUCGUCUGCACCCGUUCCGCCAUUGCUGGACAGUCUUGAUGGAAGCCAUUCGUCAUUUCCAGUCUCCGGCUGCGAUAGCUUUACUCCCACAGGAUCGUCAUUACCAAGUACCUGUGACGGUUCCGUUGUUACGAGUGACACGUCGACUAAUCCUCCACGUGCGGUUCGGCGUUUUCAGUAUUGGUGUCGCGUAUUACAGACGAGACGUCGAAAUCCGGUUUGUCGUUUUUGCUACGAGCGUUAUGUCCUGAUGUGUCUCGACUCGCGUCAGCCGAUUCCCUCUCAGUUUGAACGUGGGAUGUGGCAUGGGCACAAUAUGAAGGAGCGUGGACUAGUGACAAUGUAUGCUAUACGGCAAUCUGCUGGCCCAAAUCAAUUCCCAAUGAGUAGAACCGCGCAUUCCUCAUUUUUCGCUGUCCCUUGCUCUUCAGCAAGAACCAUUCGCCUUUUUCCCUACUCCGUUGCCCUCAUCUCUGGGCGUUUACGUGUUCCCACUGUGGAGCAACCAAGCAGCAUGCGCACACUGAUGAUUACUGUCCAUUGA